GACACAACAUUCUUGGUCGCCAAUACCACGCUGAUCUCUACGGAACACAAAGAGCGACCGAUAGCAAGCUUGGCUGGCUACACAGGCAUCAACGCGCUGGAUACGAUACCGGAGACUGGGCUGUUAUUGCGGCGAACAGACGGUAUAGAGUCGUCAGAGACAACAGAGCACGUAGUAGCGGUUUCCGAACAGGUGCCUGAGCAUGGCCAUGUGCAUGAGCAUAAGCAUGGGCAUACGCACGGGCAUGGAUAUGAGCAUGUGCCUACACAGGUUGUAGACAAUGCAGACGACGUGGAGGAGGGCCCAGCUAUUGUCGACACAGUAGAGGAUUCGUGGGAAUCAGACAUGGCUGACAAUCCACCCGAACGCCCACUGAAUGAGCCCCUGCCAACGACCAUUGUCGCCGACGACCAUGAGCAGACCGAAGACCACAGCACAACAACGACCGUUGGCUAUUCACCGACGCCAGUGCCGCCACCAUCUCUGCGGCGUGACGCCAAAGCUUUGAAAGAUCGGUUCAACUACGCAUCAGCAGACUGCGCAGCGGUAGUGCUGAAAUCCAACCGCGAGGCACGCGGGCUGAAGGCGAUUCUCAACACGAAGAAGGACCAGUACAUGCUGAACACGUGUGCUGCGCGCGACAAGUUUGUGAUUGUCGAGCUGUGCGACGACAUCCUGAUCGAUACGCUGGUACUGGGCAAUUACGAGUUCUUCUCAAGCACAUUCAAAGACACUAUGGUGUAUGUCAGCGACCGGUAUCCGCCCAAGAACAACACGUGGACGUUGCUGGGCCACUUCCAGGCGCGCAACUCCAGGGAUGCCCAGGUAUUCCCGGUGGUGGACCCAAAGCUAUGGGCACGGUACGUCAAGGUCGAGUUCCGCUCGCACUACGGCCGAGAGUUCUACUGCCCAGUUACUGUACUUAAGGUAUAUGGUGCCACGCAGAUGGAGCAAUUCCGGAAGGAAGAGGAGGAAGAGGAGUUUUUGGAGACAGCGACGUUGACGGUUGACGCCGUGGCUACGCCUGCGUUUGACUACCCGUUCCGCAUGCCGUACCGAACAGAACCGCUCGGCGUGGGCGCUCUGCCGGCCACUUCAGCAGCCAAGGCGUACUUGAAGGACAUCCAGGAGCUUGUCGACGAGUAUGAAGCAAAUGAAGACGGCGAGGUCGACAGCACGCCGACCGCAGUGCCAAUCCCCAAGGUGCCUGAUUUGCCAUGGGGCCAGCGCGAGAAUGAGCUCACCGGCGCCGACCAAGACCAGGGCGACGACGAAGGCAUCGACGACGAAGACGAAGACGAGGAAUGUGACGGCGUCAAUGUCAUGUGCAUCUACGACUCUGACGACUCUGACAUGCCCGCUGCCCAGGAAACCGCAGAUCGCAACCUUCCGCCUCUGGGCAGCGGUCCCGCGGCCAGCGUGCCUGUAGAGAACAACGGGAUUGAGAAGCCGUAUGAGCAGCCGGCAGCGCGCGGGCCGCCCCGGCAAGAGAGCAUUUUCAAGACGAUUAUGCGGCGCCUCUCGCGGGUCGAGCGCAACAUCACCCUGACAUACCACUACCUGGAGGAGCAGCACCUGGUAUUCAACAUGAUCCUGCAGCAGGUCGAGAUGAGCAAUCUGGAGCACCUGCAGCACGCAAUCCGCCAGCUCAACCAUACCACAAUGAAGCAAAUGCAGUCGCUGACCAUGCUGAGCGAGGAGGUCUGGCGCGCAAUCCUGUAUGAUAUUGAAACGCACCAGCAGAAGACACAAAGGCUCGAGUACUUGGCCGAGGAGGUACUGUUUGAGAAGCGCAUGAACCUGAUGCAGCUGAUGCUGCUGCUGACUAUAGUUGCGCUCAUUGCGCUGAACAAGGUUGCAACGAAGCUGGCUCUGAUACCAGAAACGAAGAAGGAAAAGUGACAUACACGCGACAUUACUAGAUAGUCUUUAUAUCUUUACCUAUAUAUAAGAUUUUAUAGUCUAAAAAGUGUCCGAUCGUCCGC